GUAGAAUUCACCAUUGCCAAUUGCAUUUCCACACACUCUCAAACAUGGGUACCUACGUUGAAAAAACCACACGUGUGGAGGAACAUGUUUUUCGUAGCCAAUACCCACCUGUCCAUAUUCCUGACAAUGUGACAUUGCCGGAAUUUGUGCUCCAAAAUGCUGAAUUGUAUGCUGACAAGGUUGCAUUUGUGGAUGCUGUGACUGGAAAAGGGGUCACUUAUAGUGAGGUGGUAAGGGGUGUACACAGGUUUUCAAAGGCCUUGAGAUCACUUGGUUUGAGGAAAGGGCAUGUUGUGAUUGUAGUGCUUCCAAAUGUAGUAGAGUAUGCCAUUGUUGCUCUGGGGAUUAUGGCUGCUGGUGGGGUGUUCUCAGGUGCAAAUCCAGCAUCUCAUGUAUCAGAAAUUAAGAAACAGGCAGAGUCUGCUGAUGCCAAAUUAAUUGUCACAAAUGGCACAAACUAUGAAAAGGUGAAGAGUCUAGAGCUACCUGUUAUUGUGCUAGGAGAUGAGAUUAUUGAAGGUGCCAUGAAUUGGAACAAGUUGCUUGAAGCAGCAGAUCGUGCUGGUGAUGAUUUGAACAAAGAGCCUAUUCAGCAGAAUGAUCUUUGUGCCAUGCCAUUCUCAUCAGGCACCACAGGAAUGUCAAAGGGUGUGAUGCUGACUCAUAGAAAUCUAGUGGCUAAUCUUUGCUCUACACUCUUUGGUGUGACCCCGGAAAUGGUGGGGUUGGUCACCACACUAGGCUUGAUUCCCUUCUUUCACAUCUAUGGCAUCACUGGAAUUUGUUGUGCCACUCUUAGGAGCAAAGGGAAAGUUGUGGUGAUGAAUAGGUUUGAGUUGAAAACAUUUCUCAAUGCCUUGAUUGCACAUGAGGUUAUAUUUGCACCCAUUGUGCCCCCUAUCAUUCUCAGCUUGGUGAAAAACCCCAUAGUGGAUGAAUUUGAUCUCAGCAAGCUAAAACUACAGGCCAUCAUGACUGCAGCAGCACCACUUGCACCAGAACUACUUAAUGCUUUUGAACACAAGUUUCCUGGUGUUUCUGUCCAAGAGGCAUAUGGACUAACUGAGCAUAGUUGCAUCACACUCACUCAUGCACAAAAAGGAUUGGGAAGUCCUCAUAAAAAUUCAGUAGGGUUCAUCCUCCCAAAUUUGGAAGUCAAGUUUGUUGAUCCUGACACUGGUCGAUCCCUCCCUAGGAACACACCUGGGGAACUUUGUGUAAGAAGCCAAUGUGUAAUGCAAGGUUACUACAAACAGGUGGAUGAGACUUCCCAUACCAUUGACAAAAAUGGAUGGCUUCACACAGGUGACAUAGGAUUCAUAGAUGAUGAAGAAAAUGUAUUUAUCAUUGAUCGUAUCAAGGAGUUGAUUAAAUACAAAGGGUUCCAAGUUGCUCCUGCAGAGUUAGAGGCUAUUUUGUUGUCUCAUUCAUCGGUUGAAGAUGCAGCUGUAGUGCCAUUACCAGAUGAAGAGGCAGGGGAAAUCCCAGCUGCAAGUGUUGUUUUGAGUCCAGGUGCAAAAGAAAGUGAGGAGGACAUCAUGAACUAUGUUGCUUCCAAUGCUGCACAUUACAAGAAAGUGAGGGUGGUGCACUUUGUGGAAGCCAUACCAAAGUCACCAUCUGGAAAAAUAAUGAGGAGACUUAUCAAAGAGAAGAUGGUGGAAAAGAUGAAAACAAACUCCUUAACAAAAUUUAAAACCAACACUAUCUAAAACAUUAGCAAAUUAUGUAAUUUGCUUUUGAUCAUUCAUGUCUCCAUCUAGUUUUCAAGGUUGCAUUUUAUGGGAUCUAUUAUUUACUACUUGUUGAAAGAAAUACUUAAAAAAUAAAAUUUGACACUUUAGUAUAAUUUCACUUUUGUCCCCAUUGUUAUGUUUUGAUCUGUGAUUCUUCUUCUUGUUUGAUGGGUCAAACACCUAUAUUACCAAUUAUUGUU